AUGGCGUUGCGCCGAAAUCGCUUCCUCUUCUCGGCAACCAACGCGUCCUCUUCCUCGUGCGGAAAUCUGGAAUUUUGCCAACCUCCUUUCCCGCCGUCGCCCCCACCCCCUGCUCCCAUUCAGGAACCCUCCACCACCGUCCGCUUCCGUCACUCCACCCUGCUCCCCUCCCUCCCCAUCGCCGCCGCCUCCCUCCUCGCCGCCGCCGCUUUCCUACUCCUCGUAACCUUCUUCUUCCUUCGCCGUUGCCGCCGCCGCAGGGCGGCCACUGACGAGGAACAGUUCGGUGCCUCUGAGGACGGCGUCGGCGGCGUCGAGAUCGACCACCAUGUAUGGUACAUCAGGACCACCGGCCUCGAUGAGUCCACCAUCCGAGCCGUCACCGCGUGGGCGUACAAGGCCGACGACGGCGUCCUCGGGGAAUCCCCCGCUGACUGUGCCGUCUGCCUCUCCGAGCUCCGCGACGGCGAGCUCGUUCGUCUCCUCCCCAAGUGCGGCCAUGCCUUCCACCUUACCUGUGUCGAUACUUGGCUCCGAUCCCACGUCAAUUGCCCCCUCUGCCGUGCGCCCGUCGUCUUCCCAACCUCCGUCUCCAUCGAUUCCGAGCCUGGAGCGAGUACUCUACCUUCCUUCUCCUCCGCUUUGUCCUCCCCUGAUUCCGCCCUAGAUUCAGUCCCCUCUGCUCUAGAGGAUAGCCAUCAAAACGAUGGCCAGCAAUUGGACACUGGUCAAGGCGCCUUGGAAGUGGAAUCAGAGGGGGACUCGUUGGAGUUUGGAGCUGGAAACCGGAUCAUGAUCGAUCAAAUCCCAACUUUUGAGUUGCAAGUGCCUAGUGAUGUCAGGGAACAACGGUUCCAACCUAUUCGUCGAUCGUUUUCUAUGGAUUCAUUCACUCUUCCUCAUCCCAUGCAUAGGCCAGACUUGGAAGAAGGUCUUAGUGAUCACACAAAGGAACCCACCCUGAGAGAGGUGUUGGAUGUCAGAACCUGGAGAAAGGAGGGUAAUACUUCUGGUGGCACUGCUUCCCUACCGAAAGAAAUUGAAAUAUCUUCAUCGAGUGCUAGUGGGAAAUUCUUCUUGUCGAGACACUUGCGAGCUCGUAGCUCAGUUCUCCCACUAUAA